AUGUUUGGGGGCCAUCUUCUAGUGAUGACCAACACGCAGCACACAAGACACAGCCACGGGUACAAUGUGAAGCUGAAGCUGAAGCUGGCCUUGGCGGUUAUUGCAGAUCAUCUCGUUCAACCAUGGGAGGGUCAAAUACUAUACUAUGACCGUAGUAGCCCAUUCACACCAGAGAGAACGGCAUCCCUCAGCGUUCAUCUCGGCCGAGAAGCUCCGGUCUAUGCUUUUACCAUGCAGAUCAAGGAUUGGGGGCGAGGUCCAUUUUCAACCCAGAACCUCACCCUGAAUGCCGACCGCAGCAGCGGCUACAGCGGCUCUCACGGACGAGACAAGUUCCGAACCAAACCGUGGCAAACUUUCUUUCGCCAGGAGGAGAGACAGGUUGGGUUGCCACCGCUGCGGAUCCGCCAUCCUGGUGAACUGGAAUGA